AUGGAAGACGAGAACUUCACCUACUCGGAGAGACCCACCAAGCGGGUUCGUCAGGCCUCGGUCAACCAAUUUCGCAGGCGUAAGAAGGCCAAAUGUCCCGGAGAGCAGCCGGUCUGUUCUCUGUGUGCCAGGCUACGGCAACAAUGUUUAUAUGCCGAUGAAAGGCGUCGGCCACUUCCUGAGUCGAGUCCAAGACUCAAUGAUUCAGAAUACCGAACAUCUCACAUUCUGGAAGAUAGAUUGCGAAGCCUUGAAAGCAAAGUGGGGGAGGUUUUGAAUGUACUUGGCUCGAGGAGUGAGCCACAAAUACCCACAGAGUCUCAUGUUUCGUCUGUGACAUUAUCAGUGCCAAGCUCAUCUAUUACUCUACCACCGUGGGAAGAGAUUAUCCCCACUGCAGAGCUAUAUCUGCUCUACUGCGAUUCUCAGCCUCUGCCUCUUUUCUUCAGGGAUAGUUUUAUCUCCAGUCUACAAACACGCGAAGCAGAACUUCUUUUGCCAUAUUGGCACUUGCUUUUCGCUUCUCAUACGCUCAUCGAAAUAAGGCCGAAUCCACUGGCCUGA